ACCAGCUGCCUCUCUCCUUUUCAGUGAUAAUUAAGAAGGAAAUCAAUGGCGCUGUCCUUGGAGGAGAUCAGGCGGUCUCAGCGGGCCGAUGGGCCGGCGACGGUCCUUGCCAUUGGCACCGCCACACCGCCCAACGUCGUGCACCAGGCUGAUUACCCGGACUACUACUUCAGGAUUACCAAUAGCGAACACCUCACUGAGCUCAAGGAAAAAUUCCAAAGAAUGUGCAACAAGUCAAUGAUCAAAACACGCUACAUGCACCUGACAGAGGAAAUCCUCAAGGAGAACCCGAACCUCUGCGCCUACAUGGCGCCAUCGCUUGAUGCGCGUCAAGACAUGGUUGUCGUCGAGGUGCCGAAACUCGGCAAAGAGGCCGCCAGACGAGCCAUCAAAGAAUGGGGCCAACCAAAAUCCCGCAUCACUCACCUAAUCUUCUGUACCACGAGCGGCGUCGACAUGCCCGGCGCCGAUUACCAACUCACUCGCCUACUUGGCCUCCGCCCUUCCGUCAACCGCCUCAUGCUCUAUCAACAAGGCUGCUUUGCCGGCGGCACGGUUCUUCGUAUCGCCAAAGACCUUGCCGAGAACAACGCCGGCUCGCGUGUUCUCGUCGUCUGUUCAGAAAUCACCGCCGUUACGUUUCGCGGCCCGUCGGAUACUCAUCUCGAUUCUCUUGUCGGCCAAACACUGUUUGGCGAUGGGGCUGCAGCGGUUAUUGUUGGAGCUGAUCCUGAUCCCAAUCUGGAGCGUCCCUUGUUCCAACUUAUAUCAGCUUCGCAAACUAUACUCCCGGAAUCUGAGGGAGCGAUUGACGGCCAUCUACGCGAGGCGGGUCUCACCUUCCAUCUCCUCAAAGACGUUCCCGGGCUUAUUUCGAAGAAUAUUGAGAAAAGCUUGGUGGAGGCUUUCAAACCGCUAGGGAUUCACGACUGGAAUUCGAUUUUUUGGAUUGCGCAUCCGGGCGGGCCAGCGAUUCUCGACCAGGUUGAAGAAAAGCUUGGGCUAGACGGAGAUAAGCUCGCGGCCUCAAGGCGUGUGCUUUCUGACUAUGGAAACAUGUCCAGCGCUUGCGUUCUGUUUAUCCUUGAUGAGAUGCGACGGCGAUCUUCGGAGGACGGGUUGGCAACGACCGGCGAGGGGUUGGAGUGGGGGGUUCUUUUCGGGUUCGGCCCGGGGCUUACGGUGGAGACCGUUGUGCUCCACAGUGUGCCCAAUUAGUUGUGACCGUUACGUUCUACUUAAUUGUUCUUCUUCAGCUCGCCGGCCUUAUUGAUAGAUCGUCUGUAUAGCUCUUAAGCUCGUUACCUGAAUAAGUGAAUGUAUUUGGUGUCAGAUUUAAUAGUUAAACUGUUAUGGUAAGAGAGCGAGUGGGGCAGUUGCGUAUAAAGAAAAAAAAAUGUUUAGAAGUCGUAUAAACUGGCGGAGAACGUCGUAAGGAGGAUUAUGUGA